CUAAGAUAUUACUGUAAUUUUAUUUAAGACACUCCCUCUCCAGCCGUCUUUAUCUGCCCGUGAAACGCCUAGUCCAUUUCACCCUUGCUAGCACUCAGUUGCGGCUUUCGCCCGGGAACUGUGCUUACCUCAACGCUUUAGCGUGUUUUCUUCUUCAUCGGCGGGCAUGCUUUGCAGCUUGCUUGGAAACCGUCCUUGGAACUUCCGCGUCUAGCAAUUGCCCGAGCGCCCCGGCUGCUGCUAUCCUUACCUUCCUUGGCUCUAAGCAGAUUCCUGAGUCGAUGGACACCCUCCAGGCUCAGGCCUCAGCAGCUUUCUCCUGCGGAACAGGCGAGGCUAGCAGCGACAGCUCGGGCAGUACACCUGGUGAUAAUAGCCCUGCGUUGGUGACCCCGUCCUACACCAGUGAAGCAGUUUUUCGCGCCAAGAGUCAGGGCCCCGACCUCGGCAUCAUUGCAACAGCCUUGGACUUUGAGCCUGAUGUUACAGAAUAUGCAUCCGACCUAACCCACAUCACUGGUGACUUAUUUGACGAACCAGCCUUGGGGGCGUCUGUCGUUGGAUGCACUUUGGCAGGGGCCCGACAUGCGGCUUCCGUGGGCGCAACCACCUACGCACCACAGAGCAACGCACCAUCACGCAGCCCGCUUCGGUGCAGGCAUGUCUCCAAUGUAGCCACGGGCCCUCUUUCCAAGCCUACCACCAGCUUACCUCAGCUGCCUUCAACUGGUUCUUACUCCGACAGCGUCGAGUCCGAGCACACGUCCCUCGGGUUCAGCGGCGGAAACGCGGCCUACCCCGCUGACUACUGCGCCAGCCCACGAGCUUCAUCGCACACUCCAGAGUUCCUGAAUCCGCUUUUUGAUGGCGAAGUAUUCCCAUCGCCGCUGACACAAAUCCCGUCCGAGUCGGCUCGUGACUGCAUUGCCGCCGCGAAGACGCCUUUCCUGAGCCCGACAGUCCACAGCUACUCCCAUGGACUGUCCCCUUCUGGACGGCCCCUUCCCCACAACCACGAUCGGCUUGGGACAAAUAGCCACAGCCAUUACGACCACCCCCGCCAACAUCACCAUGCCGAAGAGCCGCAUCGGCGCCCCCAACAACACCAACACACGUCUACACUCUCAGCAGCUGUUACCGCAGCGCUGCCUAUGCUACGCGGCCUAACGACCCGUGGGUCAGCGGAGCAGGCGGUCCUAGUGAGCUCUCUGGCUUCGCUGGCUAACGCGUCCGAUGACGUCCAUCUGGGUCGCAUUCCCUGGCGCAGCAGCGGCAGCGGCCGCGCCUCCGACCCAGAUGCCAGCCGGCGCCGUGCUGUGGAUUGCCCUGCAGAUGCGGCUGGGGCCAGCACCUCGGGGCAGCAACUGGACGCGACACUAGAGUUGCUGCGUUACGCGGCUUCGUUGCAGCAGCGACAGGAGGCGCGUGAGAAGGAGGUUGCAGCUCUGCAGUCACAGCUCCAGACGCGCAACAAAGAGGUCGCAGCACUGCAGCAGCAACUUAACGACGCCUGCCAGGAGCGCGACCAGGCCUGUGCAGUGCGUGACGAGGCGCUUGCUCAGCUUGACGAGGCGUUUGCGGAGCGUGAGGAGCUGGGAUUGGCGCUGCUAGACUGCCAGGCGCACAUCUCAGAGCUUGAGCUCCGAUUGCAACAAGAGGCGCGCGACAAGGCCGCCAUGGCGUCCCAGAGCAAGCUUUUGCAACAGCAGAUCCAGGAGAGUGAGGAGGCGUGGCGAGAUGCCCAGAAGAUGCUGCACGAGCUGCAAAAGCGGAGCCAAGAGGGACAGCAGGAUUACGAGCUCUGCAGCCUUCAAGCCAUCGCAGACUACGGUGAUGUCGACGCUAACGGUGCUAGUGUCAGUGCCAACGCAGCCGCCGGCAGCUCCUCCAGCGGCGCGGACGACGCCAGCGAGCCGCGCGACCCACGGGACACUGAGCUGGCGAAGCUGCGUCGCGAGAACCAGUCCCUGCUGCAGCGGCUGAUUGCGAGCAGCCUGGCGCAGGCGCAGGCUCGGGAGCGGGAGGAGGCCGCCAAGCAUGAGCUGCACAUGCUGCGGGACCUCAACCAGAGUACAAUGGAAUCAGUGAACACGCUCAGCUUGGAGCUUUCGCUGUUGCGGCCCAACGCCUGUGGCCGCGCGGGUGGUCGCUUCAACCUGCCGUUCCUGCGGCGCAGCAACGGCGCCAGCGGAUCCAGCGGCGGCGGCUCCGCUUCAUGAGCGGCUCGGGUUAUGGCUCCAGGUGGUGAGGACGAGUUACAGCUAGAAGCGGAAGUUAAUGGCGCUAGUACCGGGGGUUGAGAGGAUUGAAGGGGUCUCACCUCCUAAGUGGUCAGUAAAGUUGUGUGGAUUAGAUAAGGGGUACAGGGCUAUAAGCGUUUACGCCCGAGGAGUGCAAGUACAGAUGCUCACAUAUCCGCCAACAUUGGCGGUAUGUGAGGAGAGUAAUGCUGCGGGGAUUCCUAGUUAGGCAGCGUGUUUGUCGUUGCGCUCUGCUUAAAGAGCUACUUAGGGAAACUUCUUCCGUUUCAUUCGGCAGCUGGGUCUAUGUUUCAUCAGAGCGCUGCUACAAGCGCCUUUGUAUGCUGCGUGCAAGCAUGGAAGUACGCUGCGAUCGUUGCGAGCCGUGGAAGGGCGCAACUGACGUGCUUUUGACUGGGCGCGGUGAUGUUGACGUGCGGAGAUUGACGAAUGUUAGGACGUGUUAUGGGCAUGCCGGCUGUGUCCCCUUCCGAACUGAUUCUGGGGACAAUGCGCUCACGUACGUGCUCCGGAACCAUGUGUUUUGGUAUGGUAUACGUCGGUAGUCCGUGGUUACAAUGGUCAGUUUGGCGUCAGGAGAGGGACCCUUCCCGGUCACGACGAGGGCCGUAGCUAAUGUCAAUAAUGUACAUAGGGUGCUCGUAAACUGCUGAAAGCCGUACCGUGUUUUGUGGAUAGCCUUGUAGAGAGUGUUUAGUCUUAGCGUCCCAACCUGGCACCUAUGCUGGUGUGUGCUUGCAGUGCCAUGGCUGUGGGAAUAGGAGCAUGUGUUUUUACGGGCACGCCCUAAGUAUUUGGCACAUUUACCAAUAUGCCAAGCAGGGAUGACGCCCGGGGCACUAGUCAACGUGUAGGUGCAUUAACGGUCACAAAGAAUGUUCAUGUACCAAACUAGCAUAGCCAUUUUUACCUAUAUAGAGGUUAUAGCCACAUGCCAGUUGCCAUGCC